AUACAGCUGUAGUUUUGCACUGCUGUACAACACUAAGCCGGGCAGUCCUGGGGCUAGCAAGUGGGAACCGAGCAGGGACAAAAAAAAGAUUCACCUACAACGAGGAAUAUUACGAGUUAGAAUAGUCUUUUUUUUUUUUUUUUUUUUUCUUAAGCCACAGUGAUGCGUAGAUACAAAAUAAUAUUUUAAAAUAAAUGCAUUAUUAAGAAUUAAAAUAGAAAGUUCUGAUAUAGACAGAAAAAUAGAAAAGGCGGACUUUUUAGGGGGGAACCGUUUUACGUGGUUUGAACAAAAUAGGGUCAAGUAUUCCUUAAAAAGACUUAAUCUUGUAGUUGUAUUAGUUUUUUGGAAACCCAAGCAAAAAGAAAAGAAAAGAAAGGAAAGGAUCUUUCUGUACACUUAAUAGAUUCCUGCUUAGUUAAGUUUGUGAAUUUAAAAAUAACAUGGCCAUAUAUUGUCAGGAGAGACGAGUUCUCAUGGAAAUUCCUACUCCUCAGCCAAAAACUUCAGCUGGCAUAAGGAGGUCUUAUUUGGACGCACUGAAUUACAGGGGGGCAUCCACACCUAACCUCAGAAACAACAGCAUGCCGUCUAACCAAGACCUUUAUUCUGAAAGCACAGAUAGCAGAUUGUCUAAUGGCUUUGAAUCCUCCUUGCAUAUUGAUGAUCAUUUUGAAAGAAGGCGAAGGCUGGCUUUCUGUUCCCCUGCCUCUGAAUUCCAAGUUAGCUCCAGCUAUAUUACUGAACCCACUUUGAAGAAACAAAGGAUUAGCAACAAGGAAGAAUUGGAGCUGCCGUUUCAAUUGGAGGCUCUCUCCCAGCAGCAGCAGCUUGUGGAACUAGUCAACUCCCUGGUGAUACUGGAAGAGCGGGAGCAAAAGACUCUUCCAUUCCCAAACCUGAAGCCAUUGCAAGAGGAAUUGCAGCUGAAAAAGGCAAAUGUAUACAGAUCCAUCCCUUAUACUCGGCUGGGUUCAAACAGAGAUGCUCACUCUUACAGAAAGGCAUGUCCUCAACUAUUGGCAUUCAAGAAAACUUGCAUUGGAAGGGGUCAACUGCUGUUGCAGUGUAAUCUGUGGGAAUCGGCGCUGGAGUUUGUGCUAAAUGCCUGGAGGUUCACAAGUGAGCUUCCCCAGUGGGAGACCAGCAGCCACAACAGAUGUAAAGAGCAGUGCUUCAGUGCAUUAGCAGCCCAGUGUACAACAGCCUUGCAACAAAGUUCAAUUGGAAUGAAGAGGGCUAUUGAACUAAAGAGAAGGUUAAAAAUUGCAAGAACUCACAGUAAGCUGAUCAUCCCCUGCAUUCAAGAACUGGACAGCAUUAUUGAAAACCUCCAGUGCCGCACUGCAGAAACAUAAUCUGCUUUACUGACAGACUCUAAACAUGGCAGCUUUUACUGGCGAAUCAGAAGUUUUUUCUUAGAACUGAAGAGGGUAAAAAAGACCAACAUACAAAUUAAGACAACUAGCCCAUCGAGCUGGAGAAAAAAAACAUUUAACAGAUUGAGGUGAAAAGCCAGGUGCAAUCUGUAGAAAUCAUUUACCUUACAUGGUUCAUAUGGGAUUUGGUUCAAAUUCACAUGUAGAUUUCAUACAUUAAUUUAUACCAAAAAAAAACCUAAGAAACUACAUGGAGUUGGUAGAUUACUAUUUUUUUUUUGUACUGGUACAACGACACAUUAAUUUGCACAUCCUAAUGGAAACACAUUUAAAAAUUAGUUUGUCUGGAGAUCAGAAGACUGUAAUAGACUGUCCUAUAGUCUUGAGUGGAACAAUUUAUUUACUGUCUUCCUGCCAAUGAUUCUUUGUAUAUAAAUACUGCUGUCCCAGACCACUGUUAAUAUAUAUGUUUUGUUGUGUAGAUGUGAUCUCUACAUAUUGUUUAGAUGGACACUGCUACUUUCAAACAGCAGUUGGGUCUCUUCGUACAGAAAGAAACGCUAGCCUUGGCUUGUCUAUGUAGGACAGUGUAGUAGAUGGUAAUCUAAUCUUAACUUUCAUUGAUAUUUUCUAUGGCUAACUUGUGUUAUUUUUUUAUUUUUUUUUGCGGAUAUACAUGCAUAUACCUAGUAUAGAUGGAUCUAUUGGCCCAUUGUCUUGUGUGGAGUUAUCUUUCUCGGCACUACAUACAGGUCUGCAGUGUUGAACGUCACAUUUUUAAACAGGUUAGUUGAGAAUAUAUUUUGUACACUGUAAUAAUUGACAGUUCUGCCAUUCUAUAGCAAUGGAAACUUCAAAAACAAGUGCCUGUGUUAGUGUUCCGUUUUAGUUUAUUUGAACUUGUGUGUCUUGGUUUGGAUCUUUUUCCCAGUGCCUGUUCAGUGUUAUGGCUACCUGGCUUCCUAUAUGAUGCUGGACCAGAAGCAAGUACUACACAAGGGUUCUUCCUAGUCAAACGAGAGUGGUUUGCAGUUUUAAAAAAUAAAAAUAAAAAACUUAAACUUGUAGAUAUCUUGUAAAUUGCAAUCCCCUUUCAAAGAUUUCCUUGCAAGAUUGCACAUUGUUUCUGAGAAACUUGAACUUUGAAUUGCUGUAUUUAUAUAUUUAAAAAAAAUCCUGUUACUGUAUUGCUACUGUUUUUAUAAGAUGUAAAUACUGAAUGAAAUGAGAUUUAUAUUAAAGAAUGAAAUGUG